AGCUCCUGCCCGGGCGGGCGCGCGGCGGCGGCGGCAGAGGCGGCGGAGCCUGAGCCGGGAUGUAGAGGCGGCGGCACUGGCGGCAGCAGAGGCGGCGGCGAGAGCAGGCGUCCGAGCGGAGCGAGAGAGCCGCUGAACCUCGCGCCCCGAAGCCGGGCCCCGCGUCCCAGUCCUGCCCAGCCCAACCCAACACAUCCCGCGCCCGGCCAUGCGCGCCGCCUGCUGAGUCCGGGCGCCGCACGCUGCGCCCUCCACCCGCCGCACGGCGCUCCGCUCGGGGGUGAUUAGUUGCUUUUUGUUGUUUUUUAAUUUGGGCCGCGGGGAGGGGGAGGAGGGGCAGGUGCUGCAGGCUCCCCACCCCCUCCCCGCCUCCGGCCAGCGGCGGCGGCGCGACUCGGGCUCCGGACCCGGGCACGGCAGGCAGCGCGGCGGGAGCGGAGCGCACGGCAGUGGCUGUGGUGCCCAGAGCGGAGCGCAGCAACCCGUCCCGCCCCUCCCCCUCGGCCUCGCGGCGGCGGCAGCAGUGGCGGCUUGGACGACUCGAGAAGCCGAGUGAAGACACUUCCACGUGGGCGUCUGACCAUGUGCCUGCCCUGAGCAGCGAGGCCCAGCAGGCAUCCCUGUUCUGGGCAGCAGGGCCAGGCACUCACUUCGUCUGCAGACCCCCAGCAGUUGGCAGGCUCCCCUGGCGGCGGGGUCCGGGCCCCGGCCCCACCAUGUCGAACCUCGGCAGUGGUCCCCAGGAUGCUGGUGGCAGCAGCAGCGGCAGCAGCAAUGGCAGCGGUGGCAGUGGCCCAAAGGCGGGAGCGGCAGACAAGAGCACGGCGGCGGCCACUGUGGCACCAGCCUCGGUGGCAGAUGACGCCCCACCCCCGGAGCGCCGCAACAAGAGCGGCAUCAUCAGCGAACCCCUCAACAAGAGCCUGCGCCGCUCCCGCCCGCUCUCCCACUACUCUUCCUUUGGCGGCAGCGGCGGCGGCAGCAUGAUGGGCGGGGAGGCUGCCGACAAGGCUGCCGCGGCUGCGGCCGCCGCCUCCCUGUUGGCCAAUGGGCACGACCUGGCGGUGGCCAUGGCAGUGGACAAAAGCAACCCUACCUCAAAGCACAAAAGUGGUGCUGUGGCCGGUCUGCUGAGCAAGGCAGAACGGGCCACGGAGCUGGCAGCCGAGGGACAGCUGACGCUGCAGCAGUUCGCCCAGUCCACGGAGAUGCUGAAGCGCGUGGUGCAGGAGCACCUGCCGCUCAUGAGCGAGGCGGGCGCCGGGCUGCCCGACAUGGAGGCUGUGGCGGGGGCCGAAGCCCUCAACGGUCAGUCCGACUUCCCCUACCUGGGUGCCUUCCCCAUCAACCCAGGCCUCUUCAUCAUGACCCCGGCGGGCGUGUUCCUGGCCGAGAGCGCCCUGCACAUGGCCGGCCUGGCCGAGUACCCCAUGCAGGGGGAGCUGGCCUCCGCCAUCAGCUCGGGCAAGAAGAAGCGGAAACGCUGUGGCAUGUGUGCGCCCUGCCGGCGGCGCAUCAACUGCGAGCAGUGCAGCAGUUGUAGGAACCGAAAGACUGGCCAUCAGAUUUGCAAAUUCAGAAAAUGUGAGGAACUCAAAAAGAAGCCUUCCGCCGCUUUGGAGAAGGUGAUGCUUCCGACGGGAGCUGCCUUCCGGUGGUUUCAGUGACGGCGGCGGGAACCCAAAGCUGCCCUCUCCGUGCAAUGUCACUGCUCGUGUGGUCUCCAGCAAGGGGUUCGGGCGAAGACAAACGGAUGCACCCGUCUUUAGAACCAAAAAUAUUCUCUCACAGAUUUCAUUCCUGUUUUUAUAUAUAUAUUUUUUGUUGUCGUUUAACAUCUCCACGUCCCUAGUAUAAAAUGAAAAAGAAAAGAAAAAAAAUUGACUGCUUUUUCAGAAGAACAGCAACAACAACAACAACAACAACAAAAAAGAGGUAAAGACGAAUCUAUAAAGUACCGAGACUUCCUGGGCAAAGAAUGGACAAUCAGUUUCCUUCCUGUGUCGAUGUCGAUGUUGUCUGUGCAGGAGAUGCAGUUUUUGUGUAGAGAAUGUAAAUUUUCUGUAACCUUUUGAAAUCUAGUUACUAAUAAGCACUACUGUAAUUUAGCACAGUUUAACUCCACUCUCAUUUAAACUUCCUUUGAUUCCUUCCGACCAUGAAAUAGUGCAUAGUUUGCCUGGAGAAUCCACUCAAGUUGAUAAAGCGAAUGUUGAUGGCGCCGUGUAGAAGCCCCUCUGUACCCAUCCAUGCGUGCAGAGCUGCCGGCAAGGAGCUCGCGGAGGGACAAGGGAGCACCCCACCCAUCCCCAGCCCAGGCCAGCUGUGCUGUACCCACGGUCCCCAGAAUGGGAUCCCCCACCCUAACAGUGAUGAUUUUGGAAAAAUGAAAAUUCUGUUUGCUUAUCCAUUGAGAUCUGGGGAGCCCAUGUCUCGAUAUUUCCGAUCCUGGCUACUUCCCUUAGAGAAAAUAAGUCCCUUUUUUUCUGGCCUUGCUGGUGGUGACAGAAGAAAGGGCUUCUUUGCGUGCCCCUCCCCACCUCCGCCGGUGGGCGUGGGUGUCCGGGGGCUCCCUGCAGCCCAGGCCCCCUGCCCAAGGCCGGCUUCCUGCUGAUGAACAUGCUGUUUGUAUUGUUUUAGGAAACCAGGCUGUUUUGUGAAUAAAACGAAUGCAUGUUUGUGUCACGAA